AUGGUCAUUCCUAAUGACAAGGCUGGCAGUAUUGUACAUUUUUUAUGUCUAAAGCAUUUUAAGAAUAUCCAACACUAUGUCCAACAUAUGGUCCAAGAAUGUCCUGUGACAACACUACUUGAAGGAGAUUAUUGGGAGGAUCGCCAAAGACUUCAAGUACUGAAAAAAUCAAAGUGGUUCACCGCUAGAAAAAACACCCUCCAUGCGACAACAUCCAAACUCUUCACAAGUAAAACUGCUGUUGCAUCAUUAGACUCAUUUAUUGUUGCAGGAUUACGUCCAAAAGUCCAUAUCCAGGACUGUGUUCGCAGGACAGUUGGGACAUGA